AUGGUUUUAAACUACCUACCCCAUACCCAUAGAGAUCCGCCCCAACCUGAAUGGAGCAUUGAGCAGCUAACAGAAGUUUUCAAAAGUUUUGACAGAGAUAAGGAUGGUCAACUUUCAAAGGCCGAGCUCAGGGCAGCCUUCAAUUAUCUUGGGUCGCGUUUCGGCUAUGGUAGAGGUCGCAUCGCUUGUUAUAAAGCUGACAACAAUAAAGACGGCCUCAUCAAUCUCCAUAAUGAUGAGCUUACUAUCCUCGUCAACCCGAAACCUGCGGUGUACGACAAAGAAAAGUUGAAAAGCGUGAUUAGACGCUACGACACCGACGGCGACGGUAACCUAAGCAGGAAAGAGCUUAAAAAAGCAUUCAAAGAAUUGGGUGCUACUGCUCCCGGAUGGCGAGCUAUUCGAGCCCUUUGUCACGCCGACAAGAAUAGAGAUGGCUUCAUUAGCGAGGAGGAGUUGGCUAAUCUUGUCCACUACGCCGCCCAAAGAGGAUACGUCCUUUAA